AUGGAAGACAGUACAUUCAACCGGAUCAACGAAGGCCUAGAGUCAUUUGUACCGCUAAUCCCAGAAGUUGUCUUGGAUUUCUGCUUUACCAAGGCCGGAUUAGCUUCAGAAGACCCAAAGUUGAAGAAACUUGUCUCUUUAGUAGCACAAAAGCUCAUUACCGAUGUAGCCACGUGUGCUUACCAGUACCAUAAGAUAGCACAACGAGCUUCUCUUAAGGAGAAAAAGACGCCGAAGGAGAAGAAAUUAACCUUAACUCUAGCAGAUGUUGAAAAUACGCUUAAGGAGAACGGAAUUAACAUCUCCCGGCCCUCCUAUUUCUUCUAA